AUGAGAUUUUCCAUUGUCUUUACGACCCUAGUGGCCACCGUCGUGACUGCGACUCCGGUAGCGCAACGCGGUGGUAACAAUAAUGGAAAUGUUAAUGCGGCAGACCCUGCUCCGCCGCCGCCCGCGCAGACCCAGCAAGCCCAGGCUCCGCCUCCUCCACCGCCCUCGAACAGACGGGAUCAUAUAAUAGAGAUGGUCGCCCGUGCACCUCAGCAGCAGAACCGCCCGCCGCCAGCUCGCCCCGCCACUGGGGGUAACGGCAACGGCGACAGACCGCCGCCGCCUCCACAAAACCGUCGAUCCGUCGACGACGAGGAACUGGAUAUUCGUGAUCUCCAAGAUCGCCAGAACCGUCCUCCACCUGCUCGCCCAGCCACUGGAGGCAACAACAACAACAACAACAAUGCCAAUAGACCACCUCCUCCUCCCCCGCGUUCGUAA